AUGUUGAGUUUUAAAUCAGUAAAAUGUAUGUAUAGGUCAAGUAGUGCAGUGCAUGGGCAAUUAAAGUUGCAUGGCAAUGCUGAGGGAUGCGGUGGCUCGGCUGAAAAAAUCAUCAUUGGCACAUUUCCAGAGAACCUACAGACGAUUCCAGAACUGAAAUAUCAUCACUGGAUCAGUGAACUCUCCAAAUGUAAGACUCCCUGUGUGAACAGAGCCAUCUGUCAUAUAGAACUCAUACAGAGUGCCAUCGAAGAAUGGUUCACCAGGGAGACCAGGGAGAGCAGCUCAGGACAAGUCAGUCCACACAGUGUGUCUUCAGGAAAGAAGCCAUUGAAGGUUGAAACCACUGGAGGAAAGCCCAGCACAGGUGAUCACAGCUCACGUGCCCAGCAUGCAGUCUCCACACCCAGGACUUCCUCAAUGACCACCAACUCACAGUCAUCAAGGAUCUUGCCACCAGUGACCCCUGACCUUGGUGUGCAAGUUAUCCCUGACCUUGGUGCCCAAGAGGUCAUUGCAGAAGUCAUUUUACUAAUCUCAGAACUUGAGACGGACAGGAGGGAGACCCAGGAGAAGUAUUUGAAAGAAAUCAGACGAGCAGACUGGCUACGCAGACAGAUAGACGAAUUACAGCUUCGUCAUCUCAAGGAGUUACCUGCCUUGGUACAGCGAGAGCAUGAGGCUUGUAUCAUGGACUUGGCAGAGUUGCACUGGCAUGUCAAGUACACUGAACAUCUACAGCUGAAGGCCCAAGCCAGAUGUUCACUGGCAAACAGAAACAACAUACAGCUCAGAGAACAUAUUGAUUUCGUGAGACAACAUGUUCCUUUAGUUCAGGAAAAACUUGUUCUGGAAGUUGAUGCCAUGGACAGCAUCAGAAAGGCUCAGGGACAA